AUGUUCGAUUAUCAUCGGUUGUCAGUUCUUGAUUUACAACCUCUAGUACCUCUAGAUCCAAAGAAAAUGACACCAAUGAGAAUAAAAAUUGAUCGGCUGGAAUCUAGCAAUGAUAAGUUGGUCAAAGAUUGGAAACGGUGCAAAAAAGAGGUUGGAGAGAAGAUACUUGAUUUUUGGUUGUUGAAAAUCUUCAUGGCAGUCAUGUUGCUAUACACAUGUAUCGUGGUUACAGGAGAAGUAUACCUAUGGAUCAAAAUAAGCCUACCGCUGAUGCAAGCAGCUUUUGUCGCUGAGAUACUCAUUUUCCUUUUUCCAAUAGUAUACCUUAUAUUGCGCCGGCGACAAGUCAAAGCAGCAAUAAAAGCGAAAAAUGAAAAUAUUGAACAGGAAGGAGACAUUUCAAAAGUAACUUUUGAUUCUGAAAAAGAAGGAGAUGAGGAAUAUAUGAUGUUUUAUAAACAACAAUUGAAGGAGUUUAAUUCUGUCAAAUUGAAAGAAGUCAAGAUUUUAGAAGAAGAGAUUCGGCUGUUGAGAAAAAGGAAUUUCCUCUGGAAACAAUGCGUAGCAAUGUGGACGUUGUUCACAUGUUUCAUGGCUACAGUAGAAGUUUAUCAAUGUAUCGAAAUUCGCGGAAUGGAUGAAGCGUUACGAAACUCAGCUUUUGUUGUUGAAACAAUUAUUUUCCUUUUUCCAAUUGGAUAUUUGUACAUUCGAGAACGACAAGAAAAAUCAAAAAUGACAGAGAAUAACAAAGAAAUCGAAAAUGCAGACGAAAUUAAGGAAGUGCCCUUCAAUUUGGAAGAAGCAGAAAAUGAGGAAUAUUUGGAGUUUUAUAAAGAUCAAUUGAAGAAGUUCAAUUCGGUCAAAUUGAAAGAAGUUUUGAUUUUGGAAGAAGAAAUUAGACUGAUAGAUAAUUGUUUCUUGUAUUUCUCCGAUAUGUAUUCUUCCUAA